GCUUAGUCAUAUUCGUAUGGGACUUAGCGUGACCAUUACUAAUUUAAAAAAAAAAUGGCCGCUGAUCAGAUCACUGGAAUAUCUUGUCCUGUUAUACCUGAUAAAGGAAUGGCGAUUUUCUUCGAUGUAUUUCGAAGAGCAGAUAAAAAUGAUGAUGGUUCUAUCUCUUGGGAAGAAUUUGUCUGCUACUUUGCUGAUGGAGUUAUGGGGAAAGAAGAGUUAUGCAGCUUGUUUGAACAGAUUGACUCUCAUAACACCAACAACAUUGAUAUUGGAGAAUUGUGCACCUACUUCACUCAGCAUCUUGGAGAUUUUAAAGAAAUAUUUGGUCUGCUGGAGGAGAUGAACAGAAAAAUGACAAAUGUUUUGUAUGGAAUGUCCAAGACUUACAAGGAUGCAGGCAGAUUAGAAAAGUUUGCCAAGCGUUUCUUUCUCAAAGAACUUCUUAAUCAAAUAACAGCUCUCCAACACCCUCUAGAGGCAGCACUGGAUGCACUAGACACACAAGCCAGAGAAGAAAGAUCAGACAUCCAACCCCUGGAGGCCAGUGACAUAAAGAAGCCACAUACUUCUUUUAUUCCUGGUCGUGUGGCAAGACGAAACAAGCACCAGGCCAGUCCUAUGAAUUCAGGAGAAGUCUUUGAAGGGAAUGAUAUGUUUCCAGGUGGGAGUGUAAUGCAUCAACAAGUGGAAAGACUUGCAAGACUAAUUGACCGCUUAGAGCACAAGAUCAACUUUGAAGGAUUUCGAGAUGAAGAAGUUGUUCCUGGGGAAGAUAACACAAUACUGAUGAUUCAGAAAGAAUUUGUUGUUCAAGAAACAAAACUAGAAGAUUUUAAUGCUCACCUCAGAGCUUAUGUGGAUACAACCCUUGGCUUCAGGGGGUGUUUAAAUGUGUCUAUCAGAGAAUUUCAAGCAACCCAUUCUUACAAUAUCUAUGAAAUCUGGACCUGUGAAGAGAGCUACAUAAAAAAUUGUAACAGCGAUUCUACCAAGACCCUGGUGAGUGCCACAGCGGAAAUGCUUGAGAAACCUGAAACAGUCAAUUCUCUAAAAAUUCCCAGUUCUUGGUGGAAAAGAUCUGACUGACUUUUUGAACAGAAGACCAUUGCUUUAGAAUUGAGUUUUUCAGCCAGGAUCUUCCCACUCUUGUGCAUUGAAAACAUCUCUUGAUGGUCUUGUAGUCAGCUAUUAGAUUUAUUUAAAAUCAAAACCUUCCUUUUUUCUCAAAGUGGUCAUGCACUGCAUUGUCAGCUUUAGUAUGUUGUAGCUUGUCCAAGGCAAGACACAUUUUAGCAUCACCAGUUUUGCUCAUCUUAUAAAUGUUGUAAGAUUUUACUUUAACUGUGAUCAAAUACUGUUGUUGAUAGAACCUUUAUUUCAGUAUCAACUGAUCUCACUUCCAUAAUUUCCUAGUACAAUUUUUUUACAAUGCCAAAUGUUAUAAACUGCAUUGUCUCCCAUUAUUCCAGACAGAUCAUGUUUACAAAUGUUACAAGUUUUUACCACCCAACUUUUGAACCCAGAACACUUCUUCCUUGUCAGGUCUUGUAACAUUAGCUACAUAUAAACAAAUAUUGAAACUUGACUCCAGUUUUGUUUCUAGAAUCAUUUUUAAAUUUGGGGGAUUUCACAAGAAAAGCUAUAUUUGAUUCUCCUCCCUAAAAAGUUCAAAAAUGUAAUUUCUAAGUGAAAAAAAAAAUUCAGUAGAGGCCUUAUGUCUCUACAAUCCGUAGAUAAUAAGAACGUAUUACUGAUGAGCGUUGAAUGAUCGCUGUUCUUGUAAGAUGAAAUUAUUAAUUUAUUACCUAGCAUCCUAACACAUCCAUGAUCACGCAUGAUAUAUUUGGGUGGUUGCAGUUUUAACAUUUGACUAAAAUUUCUUAACAUUUGUAAUAUGCAAAUUGUAAAAUGUUUUCAAUUACUGUGAUAAUUAUUUAAAAUGUCUACCUUUUUUGUUUCUAUUUUUAAAAGUUUUUGGGGGAAAAAAUACCAAUUAAUUUUGGAAAAGUUGUGCUUUAGGAACCAAUUCUUAUCCGCUAUGAUGUAAGGGGUUAAAGCAACAAAAUCAUUUGCAUUCCUAUCGAACUGACCAAAUAUUUUUAAUGUGUUCAGUGAGCUCAGAAUUGCAUCAAAUAAAUGAUUCACCAUCCAUCCCCCAACAACCAUAUCUACUUCUCAUGUUUGAACAAAGCCCUCCUGGCUCACCAACAGGGGAUACACUCAGUACUACUAUAAUAUUUGGAUAUUUUUCAGUCCUCUGACAACAACAGUCAGUUGUAAUCUUCUUAAUAUCAAAUGAUACAAAUCACCCACUCCUCCAUGGUCAGUCUGAUUACAUUUAAUUUUAAUUACUUAAAUCAUUUGUUUCCCUCUUCCCAGGGUGGGUGGUGUCAGCUAUUGGCGUAGUUAACAAAGCUAAAGCACAUGUACAUUUUCUUUUGAUUUUUCAACUUUGUCUUCCCUGAACCCCCAAGGUGCAGGCCGCAGUACCUGAUCUAUGCUGCUUUAGCACAGCUCAUACUACCAGUGAAAACAUUCCUUGAUUUAAAAUACUCAGUUAUUUACAUUGCAUUUUGUUUACUGAUUUAUUGUUGGUCUUUUUAAAAAAACAACAACUAAUACUCAAUUACUAUUUCUUAAGAAAUCCAAUGUUUUAUUCUGAUGAACAUUUAUUUCAAUUUUGUAUUGGCUGUUGUAUCACCUAGGCAGUUUUCUGCCACAUUUAUUUAGUUGAUUUGAUGCUAGUAAGUUUACAUCUAGUCCCUUUUAGGACUGCACAAAGUAGUGUUGUUAAUCCUCUGUCAAGUAAUAAAGUUAUUUAAUAAAAUUA